CAGUGUACUCUAUUUAUAACAAAACGGAUGUAUGAAAGGAUAAAUUUUAUUCUGUUUAAUUAAUUUAUAUUUUAGCUUUAGAUUUUUGGCAAAAAAAUCAUCAAAACACCAGGUAAAAGUUCCACUAUUGUCAUUUAAAGAACAGAGGUGUAUGCUCUAUGGGCAAUUUUAGCAUUUUCUGGCUUAUACCUAUUACCGUGAAUUUCAACUUUCAAUCUAAAGAAGUUGUUAAAUUGAUCUAAGACAAAGAAAGCAGUUCUAUUUUACAAUAGGCCAAACUAAAUAUGAAACAGAUAUGGCAGAAAUAAGCAACUUCAUUGAAAAAAUUGCGGAGAAAAUUUGCAAAGUUUAACUAUAAUGACCAGUCAGUUAGCUAAAUUCCUUAUUUUCUGGGAUCAUUGUGAAAUAAAGAGAAAGACACUCCAAUUUUCAAAAAUAGUUUUGCUAAAAAUCUAAGCACAUUGAGCAUGAAUAAUGAGAGAAAAAAUAUAAAGCACUUUUCAUGUUAAGUGUCAAAAUGGGACAUUCGCGGUAAUAUGUAUAUCCCGGUAAUUGGUAUACCCAGUAUAAAUUAAUGGUGUGGGAAUUUCGUGUUCCGUUGAAUAAUUAAACAGUAGGUGAGAUGCAAAUUCGUGAAGCGUUCCAUAUUUUUUACCGCCUCAAUAGCCUAGUGGUAGAGUGUCUGCUUUGAGUGCGGGAGGUCUUGGGUUCGAUCCCUGGCCGCGUCAUACCAAAGACGUGAAAAAUGGUACUGGUAGCUCCCUUGCUUGGCACUCAGCAUUGAAAGGGUAGUACCAGGAGUUAAAAUAAGCACAGAUCUGGAUGCCAAACAGAAAGAUGUCACUGCCAAUCAAUCUUUUUCUGCAAGUUCUAAUUGCUACAACAACAGUAAGGUCUGGGAAAGGUUACUGUCCACCACAAAAGCAGUCAGAUGAACCAAAAUUCACAAUAAAGCCUGGCAGUGUGGAUUUUGUGCGAAAUGGACAUGGAAUCGCAGUUCCCUGCUGUGCAGAAGGCUACACCAAUAUCAGCUGGUAUAAACUACAGAAUGGAAUAUGGAAGAGUUUUCCACCAUUAGGCCCAACUGGAAAUUACAAUACACCUAAAUUGGAGGAGAACAGACAGGUCUUGAGAAUCUAUGCUGCAAAUAACAGUAGUAGCUAUCGAUGCAAUGUCACUGGAAAAUCAGAAUUUAUACAACAUACAACUGAACUCAAUGUUAUAGAAUGUGAUAAACUCGCCAGAGGUCCUAUACUAACACAUCCAUAUCCACGAAACCAGACCAUAUACCAGUAUGGUGGAAACAUCACACUUCACUGCUCAGGUUACUUUGGUUGUAAUGAUUCAGGAGAUGUUAGACUUGCGUUAUGGGAAGUUGAAGGAACAACAGAUUUCAAUAUUACAGAUACCAGUCCAAGAUAUUCUGAGGAAAUUGUAACAAACCCAGCUGGGACCAUGAUACGGGCAACAUUGAGAAUAACAUCUGUGCAGGAAGAGGAUACUAAAAGGACAUUCUCUUGUAUAUUAGCAACACCACAGAAGAAGGAGGGACAGACCAUUGUGAAAGUCAGAAUUUUUAAAAAGGACAAACCUAAGAUGCCAUGGUUAGAUGUCGGUUUGAUAAUUGGAGGUUGUGUACUGGGUGUAAUAAUUGUCAUCAGUGUAGUACUCUGUAUACGUUGCCUGUAUGGACCUCAGAUUAGGCUUUACCUUAGCAGCAGAAUAGCAAGACUGGGUCCUAAAAUCAUUAACAAUGAGGAAUAUAACUACAACUUGUUCAUAUAUCAUGCCGAUGAUGAUGAAGUGAAAGCACAGAAUAUCAAAAAAUACUUGAUGGACAAAAACUACAAAGUCUGUAUUUAUGCUGACUUACAGGGAAAUGAGAAUAUUUUACACGAAGUUUUUAAAAAGACUGCUGAAUGUGCUGUGGUUAUGUUCCUAUAUUCUGAUGCUUUGAGAAAUGAAGGUCUUGCAAAUUUCUUCCUUCAGUCAUUGAUUACUGAAAGGAAAGGAAAAGAUAUAUUAUUUCUUGAAGUAGCAAACUAUAAUCCAAGAGAAAUCAUGGAGUGGACUCGAGAUGCUAACGAUAUACAUGAGCUGCAGGAAAAAAAAUUAAUUCCAAGAGAAUUAGGAAAUGGAAGAAAUAUUGAAGAAAAUGAAGGGUCCGUUGAUGAUAAUGAUAGGGUUGAAAUGUUAAAUGAAAAUCACAACAAUGAAGCAGAAGCAAUAGAUGAUGAUUUGAAAUUUUGGAAAGUUUUGCCAAGGAUUAAAGUACCAGCUGAUGAUCAAAAUAUUAGAAAGAUGGAAAAUUUCUGGUGCUCACUUCAGAAUAAAAUUCCAAAAUUUGUGAAACAAAAGCAGCAGGCUGAGGAAAGUGAAUGUAAUAAACAUAUGGGGUCACUUAUAUGUGAAGGUCACAGGGGCGUGAACAUUGAAAAUCAUUUCUGAUCAAUUACUCAUGGAAUGUUAAAAGUGUGCCUUUAUCGUGGCUUUAUGAAUUUUAAAAUGAAUCUCUGUUAGAUUCUACCUUUAAAACUUUUGUAUUUGAAUCUUCAAUAAUUAACUGUUAUUUCCACUUCUUUGAAUAUUAUUUACUGGCCGAGUCUCUGUGGAAAUUCAUGUAUCAUUUGAUCCAGUUAAUUAAUGAUGAGUUUAUGUGUAUUAUCUAAAUUAUAACGUCUACAACUAUUACAUUGAAAAAUAGUAUAAUAAUGUAUAUUAUUUAACAUUCAUAGACGUAUUAUUUCAUGAUGCACUUUUAUCAGCCAUUUUUGGCGUCUAAACGUCGACGUCCAUUUGGCGCGUCAACGUCAUUUCCGUAUUUCACGUAUCAUUGUGUAUGUUAUUGUCAACUGAAGAAGCUUAUUAAAGCGAAACAUGUUUUGACAAAACUGUGUUGGUUUAUGAAUUUUCAACAUCAUAUGUAAUAAACAUAGGAAUUCAUCAAGUAGUAGACCUCUGUUAGAAAGUACCCAAGAAAGUGAAAUUUCGACACCACAUAGUCCAAUGAGUGAUACAGGAGAGUUCAGUCCUAACAGAGACAAUGUUUUCAGAUUUGAAGAAUCUAAUGAGGUGGAACGUAAUUUGCCACAUGGAAAACGGAGAUGGGAUUCAAACUUUAGUCAACUCUGACAAAGCUUUUGCUGAUCAUAAUGCAGAAAAUGAUCAUACAAUGGUGCCUCCAGCAAAUAGACAGACUAUACAGAAUGAAAAUGGCAUUGUUAGAGGUGAUAUUGGAAGAGAAAAAGAAAAUGAUUUUGUUUAUGUGACAGAUGUACAUCAUAAAGAAAGCAGUGAUUUUCCAAUGCAGGGGGAUAAUAUAAUUAAUCCUGAUGAUAAUCAACAGAACUUUCAAAGCAAUAGAAAGAAAGAUGAUGAAGAAGUUCCUGAAGAAGAAACUGAAAUAAAAUCCAAGGAAGACAUAUUCACAAUGCCGGCUGAGGAGCCUAAAAUAGGAUCAUUUGAUAGUGAAUCUGGCUACACUGGGUCAAAUCGCUCUGGCAGGGGAACAACAUACCCGUCCUCUGAAAGUGGUUAAAGUUCUCAUGAUGUUGUGCUUUCAAGUCAGUCAUCUGGUUUUAGUGACUUUAAGGUUCAGUUUCUCCACCAAAUUGUUUAGUAAAUGAUUAUGCUAAAGGACAAACAAAUGGGCAGCUACCUGCCACAUACAUUCCAACUAAUAAACAAAAUAGUCAGUUAGAUAGAGAAAACACCAAGUUAAUGGCUGCAAAUGGGACUGAAAGUCAAAAUGUAGUUGUAAAACCGAAAAGUAACCGGAAUACAUCAUGCGGCUCACCAGAAAGUGGAUAUGAUACAAGUCCUUCGGAAAGGUCUUUAAGCAAUAGAGAAUUGCUGCCACGAAUAAAAGAGACAAUGGAUAGAGAAGCUGAUGUUGCUACAGAAGGAAUAUAACAUUAAUAUAACAGAAAACUUAAGAUGUAUUUACAUAAAUACUUAAAUUUAUACUACUCAAAAGUAAAUUAUAUAGUCAAACACCUAUAGCUGAAAUAUGCAAGGGGAUGAGCAAACUAUUUCCAGUUAUCUAGGGCUCCAGCUAUCCAAACAUAGAAACAUCUACAUCUACUGGGAUACUCCUAGCCUGGGAAGCCGUUGAUAAUAUUUGUGCUUUGUCAGAAGGAAGAAAUCAUACCUAAUAUCUAUGCAUUGGAGAUCCAACUUGCGCUAAUUAGUGUUAAUUGGCAUUCAUCGAGUUUCUAAUAUUAUCAACGCCUGGGGAAAUCUGAAGGAGUUUCCAUGUCACUACUGAUUAUCGAUUUUCUAUAAUUAGCCUAAUUAACAUGUGAUCAUAUAUGCGUUUGUUUGAAACGAAAACGAGGCAAUGUUGCCGAAAAUUUGGCAAUUUUCGUAGAUCACUAGGUCUGCAUUAAUAUAACACCUUGAUAGCUAUGACGCAAAUUUAAGUUUAUACUGACAAAUUUAAAAGUUGUUACAACUUGCUGUAAAAGCUAUGGGAGGUACAAACUGUAUUUGUCUAUGGCCCGGAAAUGUUUGGAAGUACACGAUUCUGAUCUGUCUUUUCCUUGAGAAUUCCGUUUCUAUUUUUAGCCAUGGAAUAUUGCUUUCAGAAGUUAUCGUUCUUUAUCAAACACCCGCAUUUUCGGGUGUAAUAUAGGUGGCGUUGCGGUCAGAAAACAGGUUUCCCCAGACUGUCAAUUUGCAGGUAGAAAAAAAGUUAGAAAUUGUCAGACUGGAUUCCCAGGCAAAUUCAAAGAAGAGAGUUUCAAAUAAGCUUGGCUUUCUACUCAAUCCUUCAUGCUGUAACUAUGUAACGUUUCAUGUUGUAAAUAUAUAUGAAUAAAAUAUUGUUUAAACCAAGAGGCGACUAAUAGGGUCUUAACACUUGGUUUUGCUGUAACUCUGUGAUUCCAGCAUGUAUGCAAAUUUUGAUUCCAUAUCUCAUGUUUUUAUUUCGAUGUAAAUGGGAUGUGAAACCAAAAUUUUAGUCCUGUUUGGUGCCAUAUAACCUAUACUGUGUUAGUGCGCCGUAAAACCCAAAUAAAUAAAUAAAUAACAUGCACAAUAACCAUUUCACAAGCUGAAAGGUCCUAGGUUGAACUUAGCCUAUUUUAACUAUAUAUACAGGUUACUAAAUUUUCUGGUUUUCCUACAAUAUUUUUUGUAAAUAAAUAGGGCCAAGGGUCCUUCUUUUAGUUUGUUAGCAGUACCAUGCUUGUGGACUUUCCUUUUUCAUGUUGCGGGGGCAUCUGUGUCUGUAACACAAUUCUAGUUUCAUUGUAAGUUGUUUUCUCAUUUACAAUUAUAAUAGGGCUUUUAAAACUUAAAAUGAUACCCCUUUUAUACUUGCUUAGUCUAUAUUUUCUAUAUUUUAACUUUGUCUUAGAAACAAGACUUAAAUAGAUGCUAGUAUGUGUUUUUCUUGUCCAUAUUUUUUUUUAUCUAGGAUGCCUUUGUUGUAGUUUUUAUAUAUUACGUGCAUUUCCUGGAUGCCAUAUUUUUUACUCAUCAUUUCCUCUCGUCAGGCGACGGACCACAUUUAGCUCUGUUUUAGCAUGACUUUUUGAGGAAUAAGUAAACUAUUGCACUCGCCCCUGUGUCAGUGUUGCCGUCCCCAUCGCCGUUGGUUAAAGUUUUUGAUAAAGUCAAACACCAGGAGAAACAAUCUCUGUUACUUUAAAAGCUAUUGACUUGAAACAUAAAAUAGAUAUUUACUAUCAACGUCUACACCAGGAGAAACAAUUGCCAUAAUUCUGAUUUUAAUUUUGACAGAGUUAUGUCCCCUUUUAACUUAAGAAUUUUGUUUUAAAAAUUUUCAGAUAAAAAGUCAGAUAUCACUGUUACUACCAAAGUUUCUGACUUGAAACGUAAAAUGCUUAUUUCCUAUCAAAGUUUCCAACAGCAGAAACAAUCCCCUUAACUCCGAUUUGAAUUUUGACUGAGUUUUGCCCCUUCUAACUUAGAAUUAUUUUGUUAAAGUUUUAAUUUUACUGGCAAAACUCUGCUUCAGAGUCAAACGCUGCGAAAAGUCGAGUGCGCUGUCUUACGGACAGCUCUUUUUAUUCUUCAGUUUUUCCAUUAUUUUGUUGUUUUUAAUGUAUUGAGAUGCUGUUAUGUUUGAUAGACACAUUAUGUAUAUACUUGCAGUCGAUAAACACAUGUUGCUUUAAGCUAAGAAUGUAUGUAAAAAUCAAUACCGACUUUAAAGAAAUAAACUUGUGUAAUGUU